AUGAGAGGCAAAAUAGCGGAGGGCCACCUGCAGGUCCGUCAGAUCUACCGCCUGCUGCAGUGCGUCCAUCAGGGGGAAAAGGUGCAGAUAGAGAAGAUAUUGAACUAUGGGGCGGAGGACCUCAUCAAUCUCACUGAGCCGCAGGACGGCACAGGGGUGCUUCACCUGGCAGCUGUAGCCAACAACCAGGAUCUGGUCAGCUUCCUUCUGUCCCAGGGGGCACAACCCAACAUCCAGGACAAGAGGGGCCGCACCCCAGUCAUGUUAGCUGCUGAGCUCGGCCACGAUGCCAUGCUGACCCUGCUGGCCAAGAACCGUGCUAACUUCAAGAUCCUGGACGCUGAGGGCAAAGGCGUGCUGUUCUACUGUAUCUGCCCUACCAAGCGCCAUGCCCGCUGCCUGCAGGUGGCACUGAGCUGCCAGGCAGAUGUCAACAACGUGUCGGCGGAUGGGACACAUGUCUUCCAGCUUAUGUGUGAAAAGGUCCAGAAUUGCACCACCAUUUGCCUCAGCAUGCUGGAUGGAGGGGCGGACCCCAACGCAACCAAUCAGAAAACCGGAGCAACAGCGCUGAUGGAGGCAGCUAAGGCGGGUUCUCUGCAGCUGGUUAGGGCCAUUCUCAAGAGAGGGGGAAACCCCAAUGCCCUGGACAGGAAACGCCUCGGUGCGGUGCAUUACGCUGCCAUGGGGGGCUUCUUUGAGGUAAUUCAGGUGUUGUCUGCAUACAGUGCAGACAUGGGGGUGAUCAGCUCAGAGGACAACACAGCCCUCCACUACGCUGCAGUCACAGGCCACGCCAACUGCUGCAAGUUCCUGGCACAGAGAGGUUGCAAUCCCAAACUGAAGAACCAGGAGGGCCUGCUGCCACGUCAGAUUGCCAAAGACGCCGGUCACAAAGCAGCAGCUAAAGAGCUGAGGAAAUCCGAGAGGUUACAGGGGAAAGGCAGCAAACCCAGCAGUGUCGGUCUCAGCUCAGCUCCCUGGGCCCUGACCCUCCAUGACUGGUCUCAAGAGCAUGAGGCUGUUCUCCGCCACGCCUUUGAGAAAGAAUCUGACAGAGUUUCCACGGAGACGUUCAUUUUGGUAUUACAGAACCUGAAAGCUCCGGUUGAACUAGACGAGCUCCAUACUGUCAUCUUAGCCCAUGACAGGCGAGGAGAGGGGUUUCUGAGUAUUAAUGAGUUUGUCAGAGGUGUCAAGUACAUCAAGAAGCAAUUCCUCCUCUCCUCCUACGGCCCUAAGAAGAAAAAAGCAAGUAAGGGAGGGAAAUCGGGGAAGAAGAGGAGUAAAUUCACCCUCCCCAUGCCCAUUUGCACUAUCCCAUCAGAGCUCAUCCACCGGCGACAGGACGGCGGCCCGCCCCACUUCCUGAUAGAGACAUAUCAAAACUGCACAGACGUCAGCCGCUUCGACCGUGAUCACCCACCAGAACAUCCCAUAGUGGACGACUCGGCUUGGUACUUAGAGAAGCCGGAGAAGGUCUACAUCAAUAUCAACUACUGUGUGAAGAGUGGGGAUCUGGAGUCUCUGGACCUCGCCUUCAGUCAGGGAGUUCCUGUGGAUGUGAAAGAUCAGUUUUACAAAACCCCGCUGAUGGUGGCCUGCUCCAGCGGCAACUACGAGGUGGCUCAGUACCUCCUCGGUUUGGGUGCUGAUGUGAAUGUGUGCGACCAGUUCUGCUGGACACCGCUCCAUCACGCGGCCCAUGCUGGCCAGGUGGACAUUAUCGAACUUCUCCUGAAGGCUGGCGCCCGCAUAGACGCCCCAGCCCUGAACAGGGCCACGCCCCUCAUGAGGGCCAUCGAGAGCUCCCGACCCUCCUGUGUGGACUUCCUGAUCAAGGCAGGCGCCAACGUCAUGGCAAAGAACAAGAAAGAGCAAAACUGCCUAGAUAUUGCCAGAGCGUACGCUGACAUCAGGAUAAUCGAUUUGAUCAAAGACAAGAUGGAUUCUCUGCCUAAACUCAAGGAGACUAAGAAGAGAAGGGGCGUCAAGCCUCAGCUCUCUAAACCCAGAGCAGGCACCGCUGAAGAAAAGGGCAUCCUUCCAGAAACCGCGGCGCCUGCAGACACGUCGGCUGCAACAGGAGGGAAGGCUUCCUCCCAGAAGGAGUCAGAGAGUGUCAUCCUGCACAACACCAGAAUCACUGGUGGGAAAACCAACAGCGUGGAUAUCAGCUUUGUGCCAAAAACGGUGUGGGGGAAGCCGCCCACCACCAGCCAGCUGUUGGCAAAGAAAGAGAGACAGAGAGAGCGCUUCUCCUUCGAGGUCGAUUUUGAAGACUUCAUGAUGCCUUUCAGUGAGAACAUCCAGAGGAAAUCUCUGGAGCUGCCAAAAACCACAGGCUAG